UCCAUUUCUUUCUUCCUAACGUGCCCACUUCAUCCUCGAUUUCGAUCUCCACUGCUCCAUCUUCAACCCUAGCCCUAAUUUUCCCUCUCCGAUUACCAGUGCCAGCCAUGGUCUGCAUACGCAAAGCAACCAUAAACGACCUUCUGGCCAUGCAGGCCUGCAAUCUCUUUUGCCUCCCAGAGAAUUACCAGAUGAAAUACUACUUCUACCACAUUCUUUCCUGGCCUCAGCUUCUUUACGUCGCCGAGGAUUACAACGGGCAUAUUGUCGGAUACGUUCUUGCUAAAAUGGAGGAAGAAAGCAACGAGUGCCAUGGCCAUAUCACCUCCCUCGCUGUGCUCCGCACGCACCGGAAGUUGGGAUUAGCCACUAAGCUCAUGAACGCGGCUCAGAACGCCAUGGAACAGGUCUAUGGAGCGGAGUAUGUCUCCCUCCAUGUGAGGAAGAGUAACAGAGCUGCGUUUAAACUGUAUACCGAGACUUUGGGGUAUAAGAUCCAUGAUAUUGAGGCGAAGUACUACGCCGAUGGUGAGGAUGCUUAUGACAUGAGGAAACAGCUUAAAGGGAAGCAAAUUCAUGGGACUGCGCACCAUCAUCAUCACCAUCACCACCACCACCAUCACCAUCAUGGGCAUCAGCAUGGUGGUGGGUGUUGUUCUGGUGGUGAUUCGGGGAGCGCUGCUGAGGUAAAAGCAGAGUCCAAGGGCAAUGUAUCGAAAGCGGACUCUAAGGUUAACUAGAAAGCCGGAUGAGGUGGGGGCUGAAUUUUUUGUUGAGAAGUGGUUUUUUUGAUGGAUAGCUUGUUUGUGUUCUGAAUUUAUAAUUCUGCAUUGUGGAUAUCAAGUACUUGUUUGUUUACAUACUUUAUCCGAUGCAGUUGUUGAUUAAUACCCUGGCUGAGAAACUUCACUGGCUUUUAGUCCACUAUAAUUCUUUUGGUAUCUGUAUUAUGGCAUCUCGACUAUGUGACAGCUGUAUCUGGGUUUUGUGCAUCUCUAUAUUCAUCUGAAUUCUUAUAAGUUAUAGAUGCAUUUGGGGCUCCCUUUUCCUCUUUA